CCAUAUGCUCGCGUGACAUCAACAACAAUGGCAAACCGUUUGGGGUUUUCAUAGCGCUCCGGCAUUAGGUGCGAUCUGAAUUUACAUAGUUGCGGCCACAAAUCGGUCCGUUUAGCUUGAGAACGUGUUUGUUUUCCAUGUGUUUGUAAUUUCCAGUUUCCCUUUUUUCUCUCUCUCUCUCCCAAAAUGUGCGAGGCGCUGUUGGCAAGCUCCCACAGUCCGUGCAUGUGUGUCCCUGCUGCUCGUCUGCUGGGCUAUUGCUACUAACCUAGCUGCUUUUCAGUCGGUGGAUAGCCAACGCUAGCCUGGCCGCGUUCAUUGACUUGGGGGGGGGAAAAAAGGAGAAACGCGUGAAUGUAAAGCGUAUGCGUGCGACCAGUUUUAUGAAAACUCUCCUAGCUAAACUAACCGUUCAUUUUCGCUGUCGGGUAAGCUAAUAGGUGUUGUAUGAUUUGUCGUGGAAAAUACUUUGUUGGCUAGCUAACAGGCUAGCUAUUUGUGUGUAUUCUUCGACUGAGAAAAACGGCGAGUUUUCUUGAAAGUAUGGAUGAUCAGACCAGGAUGUUAACUGGUCUCACCGGACUCGGUGGACUACCGCAACCCGAUGUUGGUGACCCAGACUCGGUCAGAAAACAGCAGUCCCUUGGUCAACCGCAACAAGACAUUGGGGAUAUUCUACAGCAAAUAAUGGCCAUCACCGACGAAAGCCUGGACGAAGCACAGGCCAGAUGCUGGCCAGAGGAAUCGCCGGCGCAUAGGGGUGGAUCAGACGACCCCACAGAGGGAGGGAGAGCAGGGGGGGGCAUGGCAGGGGGUGGCCUGCCACUCAACUUCCAGCACAGGAAGCAUGCCCUGAAUUGUCACAGAAUGAAGCCGGCGCUUUUCAGCGUUCUCUGUGAAAUCAAAGAGAAGACUGUGCUGAGUAUACGUGGUGUGCAGGAGGAAGAUCCCCCAGAUCCUCAAAUCAUGCGCUUGGACAACAUGCUACUAGCAGAAGGUGUGUCAGGACCAGAGAAGGGUGGAGGAUCAGCUGCGGCGGCAGCAGCAGCGGCUGCAGCAGGGGGCUCACCAACCGACAGCAGCAUCGAGCACUCCGACUACCGAGCCAAGCUCGCCCAGAUCCGUCAAAUCUAUCACUCUGAGCUGGAGAAAUAUGAACAGGCCUGCAGCGAGUUCACCAACCAUGUAAUGAACCUGCUGAGGGAGCAGUCUCGCACACGGCCCAUCUCUCCCAAGGAGAUUGAGCGCAUGGUGGCCAUAAUCCACCGCAAAUUCAGUUCCAUUCAGAUGCAGCUCAAACAGAGCACCUGUGAAGCCGUCAUGAUUUUACGCUCACGCUUCCUUGAUGCCAGACGCAAGAGGCGCAACUUCAACAAGCAAGCUACAGAGGUGUUGAACGAAUAUUUCUACUCCCACUUGUCUAACCCCUACCCUAGUGAAGAAGCAAAGGAAGAACUGGCCAAAAAGUGCGGGAUCACAGUGUCUCAGGUCUCUAAUUGGUUUGGCAAUAAGAGAAUACGCUAUAAGAAGAACAUUGGAAAGUUCCAGGAAGAAGCAAAUCUGUACGCAGUUAAAACGGCGGUGGACGCUGCCAAUGUUUCAGCGCAGGCCAGCCAGGCCAACUCUCCAGCAACGCCCAACUCAGGGUCACCGGGGUCAUACAGCAUGUCUCACACAGGGGACACCUACCUUGGCCUGCAUUCCCUUAAUGGUGAGGGUCUCAGCAUCGGCCCCUCUCUACAGCCUCAGGUGGAUACCCUGCACCGUGCUACACACCUGACGGGCGGCUAUGAGGAGUUGUCGGGCAGUGACUUGUUCACGCCUCAUCGCCUGGAUGCCAACAGCUGGCAGGACACCACCAACCCCUCCUCAGUUACCUCCCCUCCUGAUCCCCCCAACAGUGUCCACUCUGACACUUCCAACUGAUUUGGUGGCUCCCCCUGCCCUCAUUUUAAUCCCAAUCCAGUCUGCCAAGACAUCCACGCUCUGCUCAUCUUCUGUUCACCCCCCCCCCCCCCCCCCCCCCCCCCCCCCCCCCCCGAGUCAACAAACCACACGAGGCUGGAUUCACACUUCAGAUGCUUCAGCUGUGCUGGAACAGGACAGCUGCACAGUAACACGAAGGCUCUAGUCUAACGCUUUUUUUUUUUUAAGCCACGAUGAAAAGGGGAAAGGAGCUCACGGAUACGAAGAAGAAAUCCUAACGUCCAGGAUUUUUUUUAAACCACUGACCCAGCUGUGUAGAUGAUCAUGAUGUCUGUACAUUAUGUGUAUAUGCACGUUAACUUUACUCUCACAGCUUGUUCAUGUGCUGUCGACCUCUACAUUCGACUCUUUGCUUGGGGAAGCUGUGCGAUUCCCUGUAUGGACUGAAGCCUCGGCGUCUGACAGCCGACCUGUGGAUAACCGAUCACCAGGGAGCUCUGCUCACCCUGCUUGUACCAAAGUGCUGCCCCCCCAUGUUCCUCCGAGAUCACCCUCUGCCAACUUAAUACAAGACUCUUGCAGCUUCUCGUCCUUUCAGCUUGACGUUUCCCUCUGUUGGGAUUUCAAACGGAACGACUGAAAUGCACAAAGGUGCAUGCAGAAAGCGGCCACAUCACCCAACAUUAAACUUUUCAGCUUUUUGUAAGAGCGAGCUGACAUAAAAAGUGUGUCAAGCACAAAUGUUGGCAUCCUUAAUAUAGGUUUUGUACAAAGGUAGUGACGGGGAACACUAUUCGAAACCAAGUGGGACAAGUGAGAUUGGGGCUGAUGAGACGAGGCCAUCUUUGACUGGAUGUAACUAACGGCCCCUUCUGUUGCUAACCAAUAGAGGGUGUUAAUAGUUUGCUUGUAUACUUUACUUCUUGCUUUCUGUCGACUAGUUUGUUUGAUUGUAGGCGAUUUUCUAAUGCUGUUUCACCAAGAAUGCACCAGCCACCACCAAAAAGUAGCUCAACAUAGCAUCUAAAUGAAGAAAGUUUAAGCUUGUGGGGCGCCGAUGUGUUACUGGGGCAACACGACAUGAGUUUAGAAAUGUAACGGUCUUCCAUGCAUGUAGGACUUUUUAGGUGUGCUAUCGUUUUCAUUUAACCCUCCGAGUUUUUAAGCUUCAUUUUGAACAAAAAGCAAAGGGUAUAAUUAUCAGUCAGACCAAAAAAUGAAAACGUGCAUCAUGUAUUGCUAUAAUGUGUGUGUCUCUGUGUGAGUGUGUCUACAGUGUUCUCGGGAUGUCUUAGUCAAAGUCGCUGGUGCCUCUGUGGACUUUCUGAGCAUUAUUAAGACUGGGGGUCUCCACCGGCCAGCGACGGAGCUGGGGGUUCAACUGAGAUUUUCCUCGUCAUCUUGGUACAUUUUUUAAGUUUGUUCGCCCGAGGCAACACACGACAACCUAUUGUUGUACCAAAAACCAAAAAUACCAAGUUCAGCGACAUAAUGCUACUCCUCCUCUCCCGAAAGUUGGUGCACAGCCAUCGUUUUAAGUCUGAGGAGAGAAUUGUAUUUGUAUGCGUGUCUCUCUUUGUAGUGUUGUCGUGCCUCAAGUUAGUCAUUUUGAGGCGUUUUGUUAUGGAGCUUCAUCGGGGGGUGGAGUGAACGCUUUCAUCACACCCAUGUUUAUAUUGGGAGUAUGGACAGAUUGCUCUCAUCUACUCAUUUAAUACCUUCUAGUACAAUUUUUUUUUCUUUUUUUAGUUAUUCGGCCAAUCGGGCAAGGGCUUCUUCCUCCACCAAAAGAAUAAAAGAGGCAGCACUGGGAAAUCUGGUGUUUCUGAUGAACCCUUCCAAUCAUUUUAUACAUUAACUUAUGUGAAUAACAAACCAUUUUGAUAGUAAGGUAAGCCUUAUCCAGAUAAUGUCAUUUAAGACUUUAUUGAACUAUGUUACAGAACAAAACCUGAUCUUUAAACAUCAGGUGUGAUAUCCCUCAUCUGUUUUGUUACUCAUUGCAUUUCAUAUCUUACAUUAUUGCCACACUAAACUGUCAAGCCCCGCCCCUUUUUCUACCUGUUGUAAUGGAUGUCACUGUACAGUUUGUGUAAUGUUAGUAUUUUCUUUUUUCAUUUUAUAAACAUUGUUUGGAGAUGCCAGUUUUAUUUUGGCCUUUAUCUAACAGAUUCACAAGAAUUGAUUUUUGAUGUUAUUUAGAUCUUUGGUUGCAAUGAAAGAUUUACAAAAACAGGAUUUGAUGCUGUGGAACCGCACUAGUUCAUUCUUUUGUGUGUUCCUCACCUUUACUGGUUUACGGAGCUGUUCUUUUUCAGUUUUUGUGUUUUAUGAGGAAUCGUCUAAUUUCUAAACCUGAAGAUCUUUUUGGGAAAUGUAAACCGCAGAGCUGUACUUCAACACUGAACAGCGUUUGGAUACUUUGAGUAACUUCCACAGCAUCAAAUGGGGUUGUAAACCUUUACUUUCUUUUUUUCUAUUCGUAUAUUUGUAUCGCUCCUCUUUUCCUUGUAUUUACCCCUCUACCUCUGUCUUUCCAUUUCUCUUGUAUAUAACCCCACUGUUUUCAGACUUGUGAGUCUGUAUGAACUCCUUUUAUACCUCAACUUUAGAAUUGUUCUAGAAAGAGUAAAACAAAAGGAACAAUAUAAAAAAUUGUAGUGUUCUUAUUAGAAAAAUUAAUAAAAAAAAUAUUUAGUGUGACCUUUCAGUAUUUGAUUUCAGACUUUAGGAGUGUUUCACUUUUUUAAGUUUGUCACAAAUGCUCUUGUGAUAGUCAAAUGUAAUAAAAAGAGAGAUUGCACCAUCAUGAGGAGUGAACGCUUUUCUCCAGCCCUGAAAUCAGCUCCAAACAGGAAAUACAAAAAGAAUACUCUGCAGUCACUGACAAGUGUUCAGCAAAAAGAAAAAGAAAAAAUCUUGAGUGACGUGAGAUUUUCCUCAUGGCAGGAACUGUCCUUCUGCUCCUGAAGCUUCACAAGGCCUGAUCCUGGAACUUCUGAUCCCAAUUAAGAGGAAACUGCAAACAAAUUCAAUAAAACAUCCCAUGAGAAACAG